AUGCCGUUAAUUCUCCUUGGUAAUCUUGGUGGUCUAAUGUGUGUCCAUAAAACCUCAAAGUCUAAAUGUUCAAUUUCAGGUAAUCGUUUGAAACGGAUGGAAUUCUUUAUGUACAUUCAGACACCACCGUGGAUACCAAGACUACGAUCCCGCCUCACGAGGUGGUAAUCAAAUAAAGUCGCGUGGGUGUCACAAACGGACUCUCGCAGCCAAGUUUCAGUUAUAAAACCCAAAUCAAAACUUUGUGCAGAGGUCAAAAUACGUAGCUCGUCAAGCUUAGGAACUAGAGACAUGACAUUGGUUAGCAUAAUUUUUGGAACGAAUUCAGUUCUUGGAGAAUGAGUUUUGGUAAUAGGAAUUUUAACAAGGUUACUGAGAUUUCGAGUACACAUUGGUUUGAGUCGGCCGAAAUGCUGUCUUCUAGACCUUCCCAUACCGUGUACUGUAGAAAUGUUUUGCAAGGGUGUCUCCGCCAUUAUACAAGGGUUGAGUAGCUCCCAUUCUGGGUCGAGUUUAUUUUCUUCUGAGUUGUGUUCAUGUCAUGAUAUUUUGGUCGCCAUGGUUUGCAAGUAACAAACGUGGGCCAGAAGUUUUCCUUCUCCACCAGUGCACUGGCGCCUGAGGGUAUAUGGAGUUUACACGAAAGAGUCUCUCGACGGCGGCUUCGAAAAACCGAGAUAUAAGUGGGGAAAAUAUUUCUUUGAUUGAGGUAAGAAAGGAUUUGACUUUUGUUUACACUUUCAGCGAUUCCUGUUACGAACAAUUUCUUAGUCUUACCACGUUUACGCUGUACUCCAAUAAAAUCAUCAGGCGACUGUCCGGCCUCAGAAACCACACUCUGCGAGGUAUGCUUCGAAUUCUUGCUUAGGUUAUUCUUGAUAGGAUCUUGGUGGUUUGUUUUGGUAGCGGUUUGAUUAGCCGUUUUUUCUGCGUAGGUAGGGUGAUGUGCUUUCGUACUAUUAUUAUCUUCUAUAGAAACAUCAGCGGAUGCACUAUUUGGGUUCACUUCUAUAGGAUUUACGGAAGCAUUCCCGUUUAACUCGUUAAACUGAUUAUUGUAUUCUUCACGAUUAAUUGGCCUUGGUUCGGUAGUGCUCCCAUUGUUCGUUCGAGGAUUAGUCGAUUCUUGUAUGACAAAAGAAUUAUCAACACCAGCACUGUCGGCAUCUACAUAAUCAGUAAGCUCGUCCGAUACGCAAGGUUGCUUUGGCAAAGCGGAAAUAUCGGAAUCAGUCUUGUUUUUGUUCACCAAAUCUUGUAACUGAGAAGUUAUAUACGAGAUAGAGACUGGAUUGCUUCGCCAUUGAUUUGUUGACCCAGUUUUAGACCUUCAAUAUCCGUAUGCACAUCAUCACAUAAUUCAUUUUAUAGUUGAGUGUGGGCUGAGGCAGAUACUUGUCAAUUAUUUGCAUGAUAAUUACACAUCCGUUUACAUAACUCUCUCAUGAUUUCGGUCGCAUUUUCUCCAUUGAUGGAAAGCAAUCCCUUAUUCUUUCUCCAUAGUAUAGUUGAUGUAUCACAACUAAACAACUUCCUAUCACCUCCAGGCUGUUCCCAAGUUCCUUUGAGUUGUAAAUCUUCACUUACAAACAGUUUUAGAGACAAAUCCUCAAGUGAUGAUCCUGAAGUAGGCCCAGAUGAAGAGAGUGAUGAGUCAGUCAUUAGCUUGAAUACUUACCCAAAGUUCAAAGAGUUAUGUCGUUUCCUGACAACUGAGGCAAGAAUCGCCUGUCAUCCCGUUACAAGCCAGCGAUCCUUAAAGAGCGAAGAAACGUCCAAUCUCAAUAAGAAAAAAUGGAUUCCUAAAUCGGGUGGUAUUGGAGCUAGGAGUUUUGCUACUGGUAGCAAUGAGGAGCAAAGGUGUAGACAGACCAACGAGCAAGUUAAUCAACAAGACAUCGUAAAAUCAAAACCGAGAUGCAGUUAUUGUAAGGAAGAACAUGAACUCGGUACGUGUGUCAAAUUCCUGGAGAUUUCUAUACCAAAUAGACGAACAUUUAUUAUUUCGAAACGUCUUUGUUGGGGAUGUUUGAAAUGGGGUCACUAUAAUCGUUCGUGCAGGCGGAAAAAGAACUGUCGUACAUGUGGCGAAGUACACCCUGCUGCAUUACACGGGGACAAGCCAAACCAAGGCAAACCACAUGGAAAUCUUAAGCCGAAGGAAGUGCCAAAACCCAAUGAAGAAGUCAAUUCGCAAGAAAGCACUACUAUUUCUAACUGUAUAGAAGUCCUCGAUACGAAAGCUACGGGUGAGCCAGUUUCUCAUUCGCUUAUAGUACCAGUGUGGGUCCAUCACUUCAACGAUACGGGUAGGAAGAUAUUAACUUACGCUUUGCUGGACGACCAGUCUGACGAUUGCUUCAUUAAAGACUCUGCGCUCGAAGCGCUUGGAAUUAAUGGUCCUGAAGUAGAACUCGAACUUUCUACAAUUUUAGCCCAGAAAAAGAUUAAGAGUAGGAAGAUUACUGGCCUUGUUGUUCGUGGACGAGACUGUAGAUAUAGCCUUACCAAGGACUUACUCACGAGACAUCAUACCUGCACGACAAGAUCAAUGUCCGAGAAGAGAAACAGCAGUAACGUUGCCGCAUUUAAAGAGAAUCGCAAGUCAUCUAACGCCAUUAAAGAAAAACGUAGAGGUCGGAUUACUCAUUGGCGCAAACUGUACACACGCUAUAAAACCUCGCGAAGUUUUACCUGGAAAGGACAACGAUCCCUACGGUAUUCGAACUGCGCUCGGCUGGGGUAUUGUUGGUUCAGCGACGCAUCACCCGGAGGAAACCAACAAGGAUUCUGUUCAAACACACCUCAUCGUUACUCGCGAAGUCAUUGGUGGUAAAGAAAGAACAACUUGCCAAUUCGUGUUAAAAACCCGAGUAAAAGAAAUUCUAACACCUGCCCAGGUCGGCGAAAUGUUCGAGUUUGAUUUCAACGACCGAGAUAAAAGCAGCUCCCCACUGUCGUACAAUGACCGGCUGUUCAUGAAAAAAGUAGAAGAACAGAUCCAUCAACGAUACGACGGUCACUUUGAAAUCCCCUUACCCUUAAAGAAUCCAGAAGUUAAACUUUCCAACAACAAGAGUCAAGCAAUGAGUCGACUUAACAAGUUAAAGGACCGAUUUAAGAACGAUCAAAGCUAUCAGAAGGACUAUUCGACAUUUAUGGAAGGAAAUAUCAAAUCUGGUUAUGCUGAACGCGUUCCCGACGAUGAACUAAUUCAAGAAAACGGUGUCGUUUGGUUCCUGCCGCACCACGGCGUGUAUCACCCUAAGGAGCCUGACAAAGUCAGAGUGGUGUUUGAUUGUAGCGCUGAGUUUAAAGGAGAAUCCUUGAAUCGUCAUCUUCUUCAAGGACCAACAACCAACAACCAACAACCUCGCCUAAGUCCUGGUCAGAUUUCGCCAAGAAAGAACCGCGAUUAUGUGCGACAUAGAAAGCAUGUUUCACCAAGUACAUGUCAACGCUGAACACCGAAAUCUACUCCGUUUUCUUUGGUGGCCGGAUGGUGAUGUUAAUCGUGAUCCAGUCGAGUACAGAAUGACCGUUCAUUUAUUUGUGUGCCACCUCCUCACCCGGAUGUGCGAAUAUCGGUUUGAAAACGACCGCUGAUAAAUAUAAGGAAGAGUUUGGCAACGCGGCUGCUAGUUUCGUUCGACAUGAUUUUUACGUAGACGACGGUCUUAAAUCAGUUCCAUCUCCCAGCGAAGCCAUCGACUUGAUAACGAAGACAAAGGGUUUGUGUGAAAGAGGAGGAUUCCGUUUGCAUAAACUCGUAUCUAACAGCAAGGAAGUGUUGCAAUCGCUCCCACCAGAAGAAAGAGCGAGUGGAAUUAAGAACCUCAAUUUGGACCACGAAAAACUCCCAGUUGAGAGAGCCUUGGGUGUGCAAUGGUGCGUCGAAUCCGAUACUUUACAAUUCAAGAACGAAAUGAGCGAACGUCCCGCUACCAGGCGUGGGGUUCUUUUAGCCGUCAGUUCCGUAUUUGAUCCCCUUGGUCUCCUGUCACCGUUUGUCCUAGAAGGAAAAAGAAUACUCCAAAAAUUAUGCAAGCAGGGAACAAGCUGGGACGAAAAAAUUCCAGAUAAUCUUCUCCCGAGGUGGGAAAAGUGGCAACGUAACCUGCCUCUACUUAACGCCCUGCAACUUCGGAGAUGUUAUAAACCUCAAGUCUUUGGCAAGAUCAAGACCGUCGAGCUGCAUAAUUUCUCCGACGCCAGUUCCUAUGGAUACGGCCAGUGCUCAUAUUUAAGACUAGUGGACGAUCAAAACCGAAUCUAUUGUACCCUAGUGAUGGCCAAGUCUCGAGUUGCCCCACUUAAACCUAUUACAAUUUCUCGACUAGAGCUCACUGCUGCACUGGUAUCUGCCAAGAUUAGUGACUUUCUACAGAAGGAGCUAGAAUACGACGAGAUGAAGAUAUUCUACUGGACGGACAGCAAAGUUGUCUUGGGGUACAUCGCGAAUGACGCCCGUCGUUUUCAUGUAUUUGUCUCCAACGGAGUUCAGCAAAUCCGUGAUUUAACUUCACCGAGUCAGUGGAGAUACGUGGAUACAAAGUCCGACCCAGCUGACUUUGCCUCUCGUGGGAUGGGCGCGGAAGACAUCAUCUCUAGAACUGAAUGGUGGAAUUGUCCCAAAUAUUUAUGGGAACCUAUUGACUAUGACCAAGGAUAUAUCGACGAUGAUACUGCUGCCCUGUCGCCUGACGACCCAGAAACAAAGAAGAUAUCAUCCUUUGCAGUGCAAGCACAAGAGGAUCUUGUUAUAGCUGAUCGUCUUCAACACGUUUCCAACUGGCACAAAGCCAAGAAAGCUGUUGCAGUCUGUUUGCGUUUUAAAGAAAAACUCAUCGCAAAGGUCCAUAAAAAACUGCUUGCAAAGGUGAUCACACGAGAAAUCAUUCGAAAGAAAACGAAGCUUCACACAGCCCAGACACACCCAGCAAAGGCGUCGAGGUGGAAGAUCAUCUGA